GCGAGGGAGCAGAGCAGGCCGGGGACCUGCAAGCCAUAGUGGCUGCUCUUUGUGUGCUGCGAGGUGGGGGACUCUGGGCAGGAAGCUGGCUGAGCCCCAAGACCCCGGGGGCCAUGGGCGGGGAGCUGGUGCCGGGCCUGGGGGCCCUGAGGAGGAGAAAGCAUCUGCUGGAGCAGGAGAAGAGUCUGGCAGGCUGGGCACUGGCACUGGCAGGGAUUGGCAUCGGACUCAUGGUCCUGCACGCGGAGAUGCUAUGGUUCGGGGGGUGCCCGUGGGCAAUCCACCUGUUCCUGGUUAAAUGCAUGAUAAGCAUCUCCACGUUCUUGCUGCUUUCCCUGAUUGUGGCCUUUCACGCCAAAGAGGUCCAGCUGUUCAUGACGGACAACGGGCUCCGGGACUGGCGCGUGGCGCUGACCGGGCGGCAGGCGGCGCAGAUCGUGCUGGAGCUGGCUGUGUGCGGGCUGCACCCGGCGCCGGUGUGGGGCCCGCCGUGCGCGCAGGGCUCGGGGUCCCCAAAGACGGCGGUCACGCAGUCCUGGCCGAGUUUCCUGGGCCAGGCGGAGGCGCUGCUGUCGCUGGCCAUGCUCCUGCGCCUGUACCUGGUGCCCCGCGCCCUGCUCCUGCGCAGCGGCGUCCUGCUCAACGCCUCCUACCGCAGCAUCGGCGCGCUCAACCAGGUCCGCUUCCGCCACUGGUUCGUGGCCAAGCUGUACAUGAACACGCACCCCGGCCGCCUGCUGCUCUGCCUCACGCUUGGCCUCUGGCUCACCACCGCCUGGGUGCUGUCGGUGGCCGAGAGACAGACCGUUAAUGCCACCGGGCACCUUUCAGACACACUGUGGCUGAUCCCCAUCACAUUCCUCACCAUCGGCUACGGGGACGUGGUGCCAGGUACCAUAUGGGGCAAGAUUGUCUGCCUCUGCACUGGGGUCAUGGGGGUCUGCUGCACAGCCCUGCUGGUGGCCGUGGUGGCCCGGAAGCUGGAGUUUAAUAAGGCAGAGAAGCACGUGCACAACUUCAUGAUGGAUAUUCAGUAUGCCAAAGAGAUGAAAGAGUCGGCCGCCCGAGUGCUGCAAGAGUCCUGGAUGUUCUACAAACAUAAACGCAGGAAGGACUCUGGAGCCGCCCGCAGGCACCAGCGCAGGCUGCUGGCCGCCAUCAACAGGUUCCGCCAGGUGCGGCUGAAACACAGAAAGCUCCGGGAAAAAGUGAACUCCAUGGUGGACAUCUCCAAGAUGCACAUGAUCCUCUCUGACCUAAAGCUGGGUCUGAGCACCUCACACCAGGCCCUGGAGAAGCAGAUUGAUGCGCUGGCAGGGAGGCUAGACACCCUGACCGAGCUGCUUAGCGCUGCCCUGGGUCCACGGCAGCUUCCAGAACCAAGCCAGGAGGCCACGUAGCUGGACCCAGCCAGGAAGAACUAGGCUACUUUCCCCAGGAUUGAGGUCAAGGACAUUCUCUCUGCUACUCCUAACCCAGCCCCACGCAUACAGCCAGUUAAGCGUAAGGAUCGAGGGGGGCCACACCUUGGGGUGGGUUGACUCCCUGAUGGCUGCUGGCGGGGACACUGGCUGAAGGAGGGAGGCCAUGGCCCAUCCCCACCGAGGCCCCAAACGGGAAAAUGGUCACCCCUGCCCCACAUACCCUGUGCCUUCGGGCUGGGACUCCUGAGUCCCAGAGGAGGAGGAGGGGAGCGGGGGCCCAGAGUCCAAGAUCCUGGGCUGCAUCAGUUACCCGCUGACCAGCACAGAUGAAGGAACGAGGCCCGAGGCAGGAGGCAGAGCCCCCUGGCGGGAGAUCGAGGAGGACACCAGUUCUCCAGAGCUGCAGAGAAUUAUC